AUGGAAAAUGAGAGGAAGAGGAAGCGAGAUGACGCCGGGGACUCUCCUCAAACGGCCGCCACAAUUCCCACCAAAAACCAUGACGGCCCUGCCAGAGGUGUUACCGCGAAGAAGGAUCGGUCGGCUUCUUCUUCACGGUCCAGCAGCGCAUCUCGCUCGAAGAAACCCUCUGCACCCGCGAUUCCGUGGCCCGAGGAACUCAAGGCACUGGCUCGGGUCCAUCGGGCCCUAAACUUGGUGUAUACAUUCUGCUGCACUCGCCAAAAUUACACAGUGACAUUUGAGAAGAUCAAAGGCUCUGUUGAAUCACAAAAUGGUGGCCGAACAUUGACUGUUGAAGAUGUUGCCAAAGUGAAGUUCCUCAUCCCACAAUCUGUAAGAUUUGAACAUGCAGAUACUGGCGUGGUCGAUGUCAUGGGAGUGCAAGAGACGAGGAAAAAGAGUGUAUCACAGAUAUGGGGUGGCUGGGAGGCAGAAGGGAUGGGUGCGGAAGCUGCUUAUGAAGGGAAUAGGUCUUCUGAUACCGAGCUGAUAUUCGAGUUUGUGGAUGGAGACCUUAAACCGGAGAGACAGCCCGGCCUAGGUCCAGGGGGUUACGAAGACAUUCAGACGCCAGUAUAUAGCCAGAAGCAUAUGCUGGCGCUGAUUAAAAAGAGAAAUAAGAAGUUUUCUAAAGCCGUGGACGGUUUUCUCGCAUCCUGUCGGGAUACCGGUGUUGACCCGGCCCAACGCCUAGAGGCCGGGAAGGAUGCCUACAUGCCAUCAACUCCUGACAGUGGGUGCAACACGCCUUCUGCAGCGAAGCUUCCGGCUCAAAUACCCAAAGAAAGACAAACUAUAUCGGAAAUUAUUUCAGAAAUCAGGGAGCAGAGCUGGUAUAGCGGCCAAAUAUCACCAGGCGGAUACCGCACCUUUGACGCACAGCAACCAGUUUAUGGGGAUUUGAAUUUUGUGCUCUCGCAAAAUUUGGUCAACGCACUUUAUAAUACCCGAGAGAUUACUCAAUUUUACUCUCAUCAAGCCAAGGCCAUCAAUGACCUCCAUGACGGCCAUAACGUCAUUGUCUCUACGUCCACUAGCUCGGGGAAGUCACUCAUCUAUCAGGUACCCAUGCUUCAUGAGCUAGAGAAUAACCCCCAUAGUAGAGGGCUGUAUAUUUUCCCGACGAAAGCACUAGCGCAAGACCAACGGCGAAGUAUGAUUGACAUGUUGCAGUGUAUGGAAGGUCUGGAACAUAUUAUGGUGGAAACAUUUGACGGUGACACACCCAUGGCAAGCCGAAAUGCAAUACGGGAUGAAGCAAGAAUUAUCUUUACAAACCCGGACAUACUGCACGUCACAGUCCUACCUCAGGAAUCCUCAUGGAGAACAUUUUUAAAGAACUUGAAGUACGUUGUUGUUGAUGAACUUCACGUUUAUAAUGGGUUGUUUGGGUCCCAUGUUGGCCUCGUCAUGCGCCGCCUGAGAAGGAUAUGUGCUUCGAUAGGGAAUUCAAAUGUUAAAUUCAUAUCAUGCUCUGCAACUGUGGCGAAUCCAGAACAGCAUAUGAAAGCAAUAUUUGGGGUGGAUGACGUGAAGCUAACAGAUAUUGAUGGAUCCCCUUCGGGGCGGAAAGAAUUUAUCUGCUGGAACACACCUUUUAAGGACCCUAGCGAUCCCACGUCCGGGCGCUCAAAUAGCAUAGCGGAGUCAGCAAAGCUCUUCUGUCAGCUUAUCCUCCGAGGUGUGCGAGUCAUUGCAUUUUGUCGUAUCCGCAAACAAUGCGAAUUCCUCUUAAAUGCAGUCAAAGACGAAUUUCGCGCCCUCGACAGGUCAAAUGUCGCCCGUUUUGUGAUGGGAUAUCGGGGGGGUUAUAGCCCACAAGACAGGCGAAAGAUUGAGCGCGAAAUGUUUGAGGGCAAGCUCCUUGGAAUCGUGGCCACGAACGCACUAGAACUUGGUGUCGACAUUGGUUCCUUGGACGCUGUGAUUACACACGAAUUCCCGCACUCAAUAUCCAACUUAAGACAGCAAAGUGGGCGUGCAGGAAGACGGAAUAAAGACUCGCUGUCCAUAUUGGUUGGUGGCCGAAGUGCAACUGAUCAGUAUUACAUGCAGAAUCCAGAUGAACUCUUCACAAAGCCCAACUGCGAAUUGCACAUUGACCUAGAAAACGAAUUAGUACUUGAAGGGCAUGUUCAAUGUGCCGCUUUUGAGAUGCCCAUUCGCCCAGAAGAGGACUCUAAGUAUUUUGGGCCACAGCUAGCAGGACUCGCCGCCACUCGGCUAGUUAAAGACGACAUGGGUUUUUAUCACUGCCACGAAAGAUUUAGGCCCAAUCCAUCCAAGCACGUUUCUAUUCGUAGUAUCGAAGACGGUAACUAUGCUGUCAUAGAUACCACGAAUAAUCGUAACGUUGUCAUUGAAGAAAUUGAAGACGGCCGUGUCUUCUUCACUGUGUACGAAGGCGCCAUAUACUUCCACCAGGGAAAUACCUAUCUCGUCAAGGAGCUUAAUGCAAGCAAACGAUAUGCUCGAGUGGUUCGCGUACACGUUGAUUGGAUCACGGAACAACGAGAUAUUACAGACAUCGACGCUAUUGAAACCGAAGCUAUCAGGCGAAUCAGCCGCGUAUCCAACUGCAGAGCGUUCUUUGGAAAAAUUGCUAUCCACACAGUCGUGUUUGGCUACUUCAAAAAGGACAAGAAAGGACGAAUACUCGAUGCAGUUGCACUUGAUAACCCGCCAAUUGACAAGCUGAGCAAAGGGAUGUGGCUCGACGUACCAAGGAAAGCACUGGAUAUCCUUUCAUCCCAUAAUUUAAAUGCCGCAGCCGCUAUCCAUGCAGCAGAGCAUGCAAUUAUGUCUCUCCUUCCAACCUUUUUGAUAUCCUCGCCAGGGGAUAUUCGAACCGAAUGCAAAGUUGCGAAGAAAGAAUUAGGCCCCAAACACCAGCAGGCCACAGACGCGUCCAAUAGAGACCGAGAUCCGAGAAAUCGCAAUCAUUUCUUCCAGCCACUUGCACCUCCCCCUCCGCCUCGCCGCCAGCGACAAGCUCGUCUCGUUUUCUAUGAUACAAAAGGGGGAUCCUCUGGUUCUGGAAUCACCUCUAAGGCCUUUGAGUUUGUUGACAGCCUUCUUCGUCGUGCCAACUCACGUAUUGAUGCAUGUAAGUGUGCCACGCCGCAAGGUUGUGUGGAGUGUGUUUGCAACGAACAUUGUCCGGAAAUGAACGUCGUUAUAAGCAAGGCUGGGGCCUCCGUGAUAUUGAAAUGCCUUCUUGGCUUAGAGGUGGAUGUUGACUCUUUGCCCUGGGGCGUAGAGCUAGAUCGAGGGUAUGAACCUGGGCCUGGAAGUGAGUUAGCUAAGGGCCUGGAGACUGUUAUAGAAGCCGUCGAAGUCACUGGCGGAGUUGGGAAGGAGGUUAGGGUCUAUGAGUUGGAUGAAUCACAGUGA